CCGCUUCCCUCUCUGCCGUUUCCCUCUCUGCUGCUUCCCUCUCUGCUGCUUCCACUGGCUCCCAUCAGCAAUGCGUUUAGCUUUAUUAAACUGUUCAUAUGGUCCUGUGAAGGGGAGGGAAUGUGUGUUUGUGCAUCAGUUUUAUUUGAACAGCCCCGUGACGUGUGAUAAAGCUGGUUGUAAAGCCCAGGUCCAUUGUGUGUCGUGUUAAGCAGAUGAGGCGCAGCUGGCCCUGCCCAUGAUGAAGCCAGGCUUUGAGAAGAUGCCCCUGGGAGGACAGACCCUGCCUCCAGGCUUCCCUGCCCCCUUCCUCUUCGCUGACGGACUCAACUCUGUGGAGACUCUGCUCACCAACAUCCAGGCGGCGCAGGGCCUGCUGAAGGUAGCGGUGGACAAUGCUCGUGUCCAGGAGAAACAAGUCCAGCAGGAGAGGAAGGAGCUCAAGAUGGAGCUCUACAGGGAGAGAGAGAUGAGAGAGAGUCUGGAGAGACAGCUCACCUCCGAACUGCACAGCCGAGCCACCAUCCAGAAGCGCCUGAAGAAGGAGAAGAAGGCUAAGAGGAAACUGCAGGAGGCUCUGGAGUUUGAGUCCAAGCGUCGGGAGCAGGUGGAGCAGGCCCUCAAAACGGCCACCUCCCCAGAGAACCUCUGCAUGAGUCUCAACGAGGCAGUGAUACCAGAGGUUGAGCCGGAGCAUAACGGCAGCCAGCAGGAGAACUCGGCUGUACAGGAGAACAGACCCUACACCAAGCCUCCAAUAAUGUACUGAGAGAGACCUCCAGCUUCUCUAGACCUGGCCCAGGGCUGUCGCUGCAGGCUUCCCCAGAGACAGAGCCCUUGGCUGGGAGAGGACGAGUGGAGAAGAGGGAUGACUGGAGGGAGGAAUGGAUCCCCAAAACCAUCCCCUGAAACUCAUGUACAGGACUGCAGAGAGGGUGUGGUGGGGCGAGAGGCACCACUGGAGUGCCGCUUAUUGCUGCCCCAUCAUCUCACUUCAGCUACUUGUAAAAAAAAAAUCCCUCUAUUUGACUUGUUUUGACUACUUUUGUUCUACCCUCUUUGAGAGAAAAAAGUAAGGACCAUUGAAAAUAAAACUGUCUUGGAUUUCUCUCUACUCCCUGUGAAGCACAUACAGAAGCCUCCUUCUCUAUCCUAUUUCUCUCCAAGCCGAUUUUCUUCUCGUUAUUAUUAUUGUUAUGAAUUAUUAUUGCUAUUAUUAUUCUCGUUAUUAGUUGUUGAUUCCUCCAAUGCCCCAAUAGCACAAGUCUUGCAGCGCAUAUAUAGGAUCAUAUCUUCCUAAAGCUCAAAAGUCUGAAGGAGGAUAUGAAAUGUCAAAUUCAAGACAAAAAUGUGCUUCUCUUCUUCUAUCCCGUUCAUCAUCAAGUAAAAGGGACUCAAAUGGUUUCUGAAUUUCUAGGCUUUUCCCUCUCUUUUUUUCCGGGGUGGAUGGGGGGGGGGGGGGGGGGUAUUGUUGAAAAAUGUCACUACUGUCUGUUGACUUAGAAAUGUGUCCGCUCCCUGAACUGCAUUGUUCCAGUGUUUAUUUUAAGUGUGUUUUACUCAAAGCUCAGUCUGGAUACAACGAAAGAGAUAUUGAGUUCUAUCCUAUAGAGCCCUUCCUCCUGUAAAGGUUUAUCUGUUGCUGUGUUCAGUUCAAAGGUUCUAUUGCUGUUAUAAAUACAGUAUUACAGUAACCCCUGUUCUGUUUAUCCCCCCCCCCCUUCAUUUUUAGACAUGUACAAAAAAAAUGCUUUAGCGUUUGCUAUUCUGACGUCGUAAUAAAGUGGAUACAUUUUUAGUGAGAAAAAAAAAACGAAAGUAAAAUGAAAUACCCCAAUGCACAUCCGAUGCAAGCAUGCAUGUAGAUACGACACUGGUAAAAAGUUACACUUGCUGGUUUAAAAAAGCUGCCAAUUUAAAUAUAUUUUUAAAGAAUUUUGGGGAAUUUCAUUAUUACCAUGAUCACAACCAGGCAGCUAUCUAAAAUUGUUGACCUUGUUUUAAUGAUAAUAGUAUCACAUCACAGUCUUGCACAUAACACAAAAACAAUAAAACAUACUUCUGGACAUCGUGGUCGAUUUGUUCGUUUUUUUUGUUGGUUUGGUUUUUAGUAAUAAAGUUCUAGAUUCA